GUGCCUGGCAAGUUAAGCUUUUUUUUUUAAACCUUGGAUUUCCCAGAGGAUGUACAAUGCACUUUGAGAGAACAAAUUCUCCUUUGUAUUUAAAACUAGAGCCAGUUCUUAGAAAACAAGCUUAACUCAACAAAUGGAAAGUUACAUUAUCUACUAAGUUCAUAGUCCUGUGGUGUUGGGAAAUAGAAGAUCAAGACAGGCCCUUAAUCCUCCUGGAAUCUUGUCUGGCUGGCAAGAUGAGACAUAGACCUGUGGAAUAGCAAUGGUUCUAAGGAAGACUUUCCAGCUAACUAAACCAUCACUGUUCUACACUAUUGAAAAUAAUGGGACCAGGCCAGCCAGCUUCCACCUGUGUUCACCUAGCAUCCAGUACACAGCUAGAUGGGAUGUGUGACUCCAAGCAUCAGCAUACCCAGAACCAGCUGCAGUUUAAUAGGAAUAUUCCUACACAUCCCGAAAACUUGGCAAUCCGAUAUUCUUGCCCACAUGCAAUUACGAUUGAAAAACUGAAACACUCAUAUAAUGAGUCAGAUCAUUGUAAAGAUUCAGAUUUAAGAGUUGGUGCUGACCUAAGCAGUUCUGUUUCAUUUUCUGUCAUAUCAGAAGAGAGACUUAGCUAUGCAGUCCACCUAGCCAAAAGAGAUGUAAAACGAAAACAAUUUGAAGAACACAUAAAAGAAUAUCACCUCAGAAGUCAGCCUCAGAGUACCCAGAAAUGUGGACACACAAAGAAUAAAAAUCCUGGUCACCAGGUGGAAAGGAAAGACACAAAGAGUCAAGAAGUCUGUCGGAGCAGCCACCAGCCAUCCCAAGUAGGAGUGUCCAGCUCAGGUGCCAAGGUUUAUGUGUAUGCAUCCCAUCCAGGACAUUCAGAUCUCACUGUGCCAAACUCACCACCCACCCAUGAUCCAGGACUUCAGCCACAACCCAGAAUAGACCACCACAAAAACUGCAGUGAACAAAAAAGCCUGCUGGAAGUUCAGCGACUGCAGAAAGAAUUGAGCAAUUGUAUCCAUAAAAUUGAAGAGGUAACUAAAAAAGAUGGCCUGGAAGCAGCUCUGGAUCCAGAUGAGGAGCGUCGGGUCCAGGUCAGAAGGCAGGAGCAGGCUGUUCGCUGUGCCCGAAUGCUCUAUGUCCUCCAACAGCAGGUAAAAGAAAUCCAGGAAGAAAUAGAUAAAUUGAGUCCACAAAAAAUUAAACACACUAAGAAGUCAUGGGCAAUGUCUAGGGUGGCUGCUGCCCAUCGAGGAGCCAUUCGGGCCUUACAGAUGUUUGUCACUCAGUUUACUGAUCGAGGGGAGCACCCAAUUCCUGCUCGGUGUAGGGAGCUGGGCAGUCUCAUUCGCCAGCUUUCACUUUGUUCUGUGAAGCUGGAUGCCGAUCCUUCCAUCCCUGAUGUGGUUAUAGAUAUCCUGCAACAAAUUGAGGCUUUGGAAUCUCUCCUGGAAAAGAAGAUGACACCGAAGAAGGUAAAGAAAUGCUUCAGUGAAAAUCGGAGCAAAUUUCCUAUAGGGAGCCAAAGGCCCAUAGAGAAGUGGCCAACAACAUUGGCCAAGAGUGAGAAGAGACCCCUCAUAACGAAGGAGAUGCUUCCACAGGAAACAAAUCGGCCUUCAGCUGUGAAAAAACUUCUUAUUGAUAAGUGUCAGCCUGAUACAGAGCUUCCAAUGAGUCAGAGGUUGGAGAGUGAGCUUGAUGAGUUUGAUGCUGAUAUUUUUCCGGAGGAAGACCCAUUUAUUCUGGACCACAAUGCAAACUGCAGAGACGAGGCAUUGACCCUGGCAAAAACAGCAGCAGUCAAAAAGAAGCCUAUGACUGAGAAGUUGCCCUUUAGAAAGAAAGAUCCUCUGGAGCCAGCAAGACUACAGCAAGGACUCCACAAAACUGAAAGAAGUAAACCAAACCAACCGCACAACAAAAGCAGGCUGCAACAGACAACAGUCUCAUCCAGAAUGAAAAUGAACAGACAGCCUGUGAAAGACCAGAGGGCACCUUGGAUACCUCCCAAUCCCACAUCCCCACCAGCAUCUCCUAAGUGUGCUGCAUGGUUAAAGGUGAAAUCUAGCCCCAGAGAUGCUCCAAAAGAACAGUCAUUCCAGCAAGAAGAUAGCCAAGAGGGCUGUCAUUUGAGAGAUGCUGUCUGGCAUGAAGCAGAUAGGCUUGCUUGGCUUGAUGCUGAGGCUUCCAAAAGACUGAAGGAACUAGAAGAACUAAAAGCCAAAGAAAUGGAUAGGAUCCAAAAAGAGAGACUUGACUGGCUUGAUGCUGAAACUUCUCGAAGGGAAAAGGAGCUGAAUGAACUGAAAAUGGAAGAAAUUGAAAGACUCCAAAAAUUAAGUGUUUCAGCCACCCAGCUAGCGGACCAAGUAGAGGAAGCUGUUCUGGAGCGUCUGAAGCCCCUUUUAGUCAGGGCCCAGAGAGUUAAUUCUUCUACCGAAGCAAAUACUCAUUUGAAGGAUCGUCCAUCAUUAAAUGAAGCAGCAGCCCAGCCUGCAGAGCAGGUCACAGCUGUUAACUCUCAGUCCAGUAAUAUUCAUCAGCUGGGUGACUUUUUGGAAGACACUGCUCAUGAGCUCUGGACUCUGACUCAAGCUAAGAUCUUGAGGGACGGCAAGAACAGCCCAGAUCUGGAGACCAUGAUGCUCCGAAUGGAGGAGAUAGAAAAAUACCAGGAGACAGUACGCCAAAGAUAUAAUAAAAUUGUAUAUGCUGAUCCUCAUUUAUGGAUGCAGGAAGAAAGAAAUGACCAGAAAAGCCCAGCAGUGAGUGAAAGGCCUCUGCCUCCUCAUCUCAUCAGGAUCACAAAGCCAGUAGCACACAGGGAGCCUGCUGUUAGCAUCGUGUUAGAAAGUCCCUGCAAUGGCAAUUCCCUGGAUGAAAGUUUGGGAGCAGACGAGAGACCAGAGAAGAGAGAGGCUCCCAUUCCUUCACCUGCAGGAGAUUCUCCACAGAGAGAAGGCAGAGUGCCUCUCUUUGUCCCACCCAGUAUGAGGCACAGCAUUGGUGACUAUUGUAGCCAAUUUGAGCAAUUCCUUCGGCUCAUAUCUCAUGAGGCUGUAGGCUCCUUCAACCCAUGGCUGUUUGCUGAAAGCUUUUCAGAGCAGCUGGUAGACGAAGCUCUGGAGAGCGUGGCCGCUGAGCUGCUGGAUGUGUGUGAAGACUACGCAGAGGCUGUGUUCACCUCAGAGUUCCUAGAAGCUGCUACCUAGAGGCCAUCCAGGCGGGGCCCUCGGCCACACUGCAGUGUCCCCACUCCCAGGAGAUGUUUGUCCUCAGCUGCAACCCAGGCCCAGAGUGCUGCCUCUGGAAGGAAGGACAUGCCCUGCAAAGCCCCUCACUUUGCAUUCUCUGUCACGGCAACAGUUCUGGAAGUUUAUGAUGGCAUGUGCUACAUUUAUCUGUGCCCAGGGAGUGGGAAUUGAUUAUGGCAAUAUACUAUUUUUAGAUAUAUCACUUUCUAAUUGAAAUAUUAUGUUCAUUUUCUGGCUCAGAAUAUUUUGGAAGGUGAUAGAUAAUUAUAUUUGAUGCAGGGACUCAGGUUACUGUUGAACUCAAAGAUGGCCUCCCUGCCAGCCUGAGUGCGGACUUGCCCCUGGCUGCUGUUUUGGCCAUCUGCAGCGCCCUACUGGGCUGCCUGUCCCGAGUGGCCCACUCAGAUGGGACGCAGUGUGGACAUACUGCCAGACCUCUGCUCCCCAGCACGCCUUCCUCCAAAGCUCAUUCCAGGGUGGCUUUUCAUGUCUCAGUUCUUCAGUUUACUGCUCUGGAUUUGCACUGGCUGGCAUAAAACGCCUUCUCUGAAUUUAGAGGCCGUUCCUGGACUUUUUAGGAAAUGGCCACUCCUACCUGGUAAGGGAAAGGUGCAGAGCUCACUGUUGCUCAGCAGUGUCCAAGUCUCUGUUUCCAUGCCACAAGGGAGGAUCUGAAGAUCCACAAUCCCUCUAGAGAAAGGAAGACAUCUGAGAACAGCCUGGCUCGGUCCUCCCAGGUCUUCUGCAUCCACAGGACAAGCUUCUGAAAUUGAGAAGAGGAGGAGGAAUGUGCAUCAAAAUAAAGCCACUAACCAGGAAAACUUUGCUUCGAUGAUUUGCCCCAGGCCUGAUGAGAGAAAUGUGAGGAGCAAAGGGUCCAAGACACCACCCCAGGGAAUAAUGUGACUCUUGUCAGAACACACAGGGUCAUUCUCAACUACACUAUUUCAGUUGGUAAUUUAAGCUGCAUGAUCAUACUUAUUUGUGCAAAAUUGAUUUUCAUUUAAUGUUAGUGUUUUCCUGCUUACUUUUGUGUAACCUCAGAAUGUGAAGCACUUCUAGGGAAUUAUAGUCUUUAAUCUGGAAAGUUUUUAUGUGCAUUUGAGCUGAUAGGAGCAUUUGUCGUUUGUAGUAAAGUCAGUUGUGUGGCAGUUUUUAUUGUAUUGGGUAUUUUAAGAAAUAAUAAUAAACAAUAUUUUAAAGUUUUA